CCUAUUGUUCUCACAGAGAAGAGAUCGCCACAAGAUCCAGUCAAUGAGAUAAAGAUGAUUGCCAGCACCAUGUUUGGUGGCUUCUUGGAGGACUUGAAAAAAAAGAAGGUGUUAGAUAAGCAAGAGUUACAGACAAUAGGGAAAAAAGUGAAUGGCAUCGUGAGUAAGACUGAAAACCUGGUUGGCGAUUUCACCGAGAAAACUCAAAUGGUAGGAAAAGUAUUUAUGGACCAUUUCAUCAAUUCCAGGAGUCUGCUGAGUUUAAAAUCUCAUGCUGAAAAUGAAGAUGAUGAAUCUGAGAGCAGCGAGUCAUCUUCUUCUCUGACAGGUAAGUGUGUUGAAAUCUCACAUCACAAAUGAACACUCUCAAAUGAA